GCGUACUGGCAAGGGUUCAUCGAUUGUAAACAAAACCGGAGGCGACCGCGUGGUUUCGAUCAGUGUGGCGACGACUCUCGCGAUCGACGGAAGUGGAGAAGUUGUUUUUUUUCUUCACUUUUUCCAUAUAUUCGAUUGGAGGAAAUCGCAAGUUCGCACCGUUAAUUCUCCAUCGAUAUCUUCUCCUGGAAAGAGAAGAGAACGAGAAGAACGUGUAGAGCUGUUGAAACAAAGACGAUUUCACUCACGGGAUUAGGUGAUCGAAGUUUCGGAAAGAAAUUGAAAAGCACAAUUUCAUCGACAGUCGAUCAAAUUAGUUUGCUUACAAUAUUCAAUUAACAGGAAACAAAUUGAAUGCGCAAAGAUUGUUUUCUUACCGUUCAAACGAGUGAGAAGGAGUGUUCAACAGGCGAUUUGAGGAAACCAUCUUCGAGGUUCCAUUCUGUUCUUUCGCUUUCUUCACUGAAAAAGACCUUUGAUGUAAUUCAAGGCCUGAAGGGUUCACCAAGGAAUAACUGAUCAACGCGUAGCAACAAGUUUCACUGAGAUUUAUUUCGAUCUUGUUACGCUCAUUCAAUGAAUACGAGCUGUUGGACCGUUGCGCUGGUUGUGGCCCGGUGCACAUGCAGUCUGGCUUGAAUAAGGGCUCCAUAAGUGCAGGUAGUCUUACAAAAGGGUCCAAGUACAACGUUGUCACGUUUCUCGAGAAACUCGAGGCAGUGGCCUGAAUAACAGCAACAGCGCCUGUUGAAGAGCAAGAGGGCGAUAAUAGUGUACCAAAGAUACAUGAUAACGUGUAUCGAUACACGAGCCGAAGAUCAACGACGAGUCACUCUGAAAAUAAUUGUCGUCGCGAAAUGAUGUUUUAGCAGGAAAGAGUUUCGAGCUGUCGUUUUCUCCAUUUGAACUUCUACUUUUGCGAGAGAGGAAACGAAAAGGAUAGGGGAACGGGGAGAAAUUCGACGAUUGCUCGAAAUCAACGACUAUGGGCCACAGAGUGAUUCGUAAUAAACAAUGAAGUCUCUGAAGAAUCGUUGCAUCGUCCAACAUCGUGCUUUAGAGAUUUCCGCUUGAGAACGAAACAAUUCGAAGAUAUUGGACAUUGUUUGGAGAUUCAUAGAUUGGAUAAGACACACACGCGUGAAAUAUCGAUCGAUUAUUGCGUAAAGGAGAAACGAGAGUCGUCAGAAAAUGUCGCUCACCUCCACGGAGAUUUGGAACGAAACCUUGCCGAUGAUUAAUUCGACGCGGAUCGCUCCCCUUUUAAUAUCUCACCCUGUACUGAUGUCAAAGAGACACGUGACUUUCGCCGCUCAGGUGGUGCUUACACUUGUGUACAUAACCGGUGUGAUUGGCAACAUAUCUGCUCUAGUCAUUCUCUUUCAUCGUGAUAAGAGAAGAAAUCGAAAACACUUGUUGAUGUUACGUUGUCUGGCGAUCAACGAUCUCGUCGCAUUAUUAGGGAUGCUGGUGCAAAUGUAUAUCACUAUCUAUGUGGGCAGCGUGAUAUCCACUCGAGGAUUUUGUUCUCUUCGCGUGGUGUGGAGGCUUUUCGGUUUAUUCAGUGGUUGUGUCGCCAUCGUGAUGGCAGCUGAAAGGUGGCUAGCCUUGACUAGGCCCUUCGUUUAUCAGAAGCAGGUGACGUACCCAAUGAUUGUACGUUGCAUGCUGGUGCUCUGGUUGGUCGCUUUGGCAUUGACAAGUAUGCCAAUGAUGGGUUUUGGCGUGUAUUACAAAGGUGAACGAUGCGUACGAUACAGAGAAGCCACCGAGCCAGCUGACAUCGCCUACGCAUAUGUUUGGUUCGUUUUCGGUACGGGCCUCUGCCUGUCGAUAGUUUGGUGCAAUCUGGCCGUUUCCAGGGCGCUUAGCAGGCUAAGUCGCAAAGCUGGCGUCCUCAGACGAGUAACGAGAUCCUCCUCGAGAGCGAAACCACUUUUGACAGUGACGGGGCCAGCGCCGGAAAUCGUCACCACCGCCGAGGAAAGGGCAUUCGCAAGAUUGAUGGCCGUGUUAUCGAUAUCUUUCGUCGUAUGCUGGAUGCCGCAAAUGAUUUCCAUUCCAUUGGCACAAUUCGCGAUGCAGUUGCCAGAGAAGGCGAUACUCGCGCGAAAAUUGAUUCGUAUAUUUCACCUGGCCGCCGACGUGCUCCUUUGCAUUCACUUCACCCUGGAUCCAUACAUUUACGUGUUGCUAAGGAUGCCACGGCCGAGAUUCCGCCUUCUCAAACCCCUGUGCAAGAUCUGUUGGCCAGCAAGAAGCCGAUCGAGCUCGUUCAAUGGUACCACAGACCACCAGGGCAGCAGUGGUGAUCCGUCGACCCCGAUCACCGAGGCACCCUCAACACCCGUCAGCGAGGAACACGAUCCUCCUUUAGUGGCGGUGUCGGUCUGAGACAGGCUUCAGCGAAUGAUCUUCCUGAAACGGCUCAAGAGUCACGAUGGUAGCCAGGUUUGAGCUGCACACUCUUCGAGAACGUUGGAAGAUCUUCGCUCGGUAUACACGUACGAUUAAACGAAAUUCGAUCGAGCCGAAAAUUAUUUACUCAAGGCACAGCAAAAAUAUCGAAAUUAUCGCGAAAUUUUAAGAAUUCUUGUUUUGGUUAAUGAUCAGAAGAGUAUUUGAUCCUUCGCUUUAUUCUUCUUAUUUUAUUAUUAUUGUUAUUAUUAUUAUUAUUAUUAAUACUCUUUCGUAUCCUUGGAUCCAU